AUGGACUCGACAAAAGACAUAUGUGAAAUAAUCAGAUUUGAUGUUUGGAAAUGUCGAAACGACUUCAAGGUAUAUGCAGUCUAUAAUUCACCUCAGAAUUGUCCAAACUUUGUCUUUCUGAACUUCUUACACAAAAAUGUAGCAUUAGGAGACUUCAACGUCUAUUCCAUCAGAUAUGGUUACAAGGAUGCAAACAUAGCUGGAAAGGAAAUCGAAGGCAUGCUAAACAGCAACCCUCUGGAACUUAUUUACAGCAAUGAGGAUCCGGCUACAUAUUUGCAAUACAAUGGAACCAGGAAAACGCCUGACUUUCUCCUGGCUUCAAGCGACAUCAGUGAGCAUACACGCCGCAAAAUAAUUGACGAUCCUGGUUCUGGUCAAAAACCAGUAAUUGCUAGUAUUAACAUCGCCAGCAAAAGCAUAACAAGGAAAGUGCCAACUGAGCAAUCAUGGAACUUCAAGAAGGCUGACUGGUCUAGAUUCAAUAACUUUCUAGACAAUGAACUUCACACAAGUCCCCUCAGCUUCAACCAACAUCCUGACAAACUUGGCACUGAUUUCACGAAUAUAAUGAUCAGAUGUGCAAAAAAAACUAUUCCCCAAGGCAAGACUAAACAUUAUCGAGUGUUUUGGUUUAAACACCUUGAGGAACUGAAAAGAAAACGGGACGACCAUCGCAACACUGCUGAUCAGACUGGAAGAACGGAAGACUCGCAACACUGCUGA